GCUGAAUUGACAGUGCGACAAUGAGUGACGCUGAGGAGGAGGUCUCUGGACCCCCUAGAAAAAAACAGAGGCUUGAAUGCUCUUCGGAUGAGGCCAUGUCGCCUUCGCUGGGGACAAGACGAGAGAUUUCAGGCAUUCUUGAACCCUGCUAUGCAUGGGUCCGGAGCGGUGUUUUCAGCUAUCCAAGCUACCACCUCUCCUAUACUGAAGAGCGCAAGGUCAUGAAGGAAGCCCUUGCCAGACUGGCUUCAGCUGUGGAAGACCCCGACCAAGCUCUGGACUUGUUAGAUUUUUUCACAGACAAAGUCCUCGCCAUCCAACAUCUCAGCGGACACUACAGGAAGCGAGAAACAUUUGACACGUGCAUCUUUCCCCAGGAGAACUGGGAUCAGCUUGGCGAACUCUGGGCCAAAGCUGUGGGCCAGGAGUCGCUGUCAAUCCAAGGUUUUGAACACGUGAACAAGACGCAGUCCUACCAGUUGCUCGCCAUGAAACUGGAGGGCCUGCUCUAUGAGGGACGAGGAGCGUUUGUUGGUCCUAAGCUGUUUUGCUGGCGAAGGUACUGGGAGUGCGUUCUGCGCCAGAAUCAGGAUGACGUCAUUGCGACCGCCCUCGAGUCCUUCUCUGAGACCAGGCCCUACGAAGUCCUCGGUCUGAAAGAGACGCUCCGCUCCGCCGGCCUCGCCAUCGCCAUAACCCAGGGCCAAGGGGGCAUUUUCAAGCCUGCGACAGGGGCGCUCUGCCUCCUACAGCUGCUACCGAAAGUGAGAGUAGGCACCCAAGAGGGCGGGAGUUUAUACCGAGCGCUCGACGUCUGCCGAAAAGCGCUGCACCGGGCGCUGUGCGAAGUCUUGCGAUGGCCGUUCCCGCUGCCCACGACGAACGGUGUUGUCGCGGCGCCGCUCGAAGCUGUCAAGGGCGGGACACGAGUGCCUGCGGAAGAGUUGCGAAGACCGCCAGAAGCAACCUUGGAGAAACCUGCGGGGGUCACGGAUGCCAAGAAGAGUCGGGGAGGGACGCUGGCAGAUUUGACGGAAGCGCUCGUUGCGAAGAACGUCAUGGAGUUGGACGAGAGUGUCUUGUCGAAGGGGCGGGUGGUAGACAGCGUUGUUGAGGCCACGCAGGGGAGCCGGCGCAUCAUUGCGCACUGCAUAGCGUACGAGAUGCAAGAGAACGCUUCUAACUGGACAGCGGAGGACGCCUUCCUCCUCGCCCAGAACAUGACCGAGUGCGGCUUCACCGAGCCCGCUUUCCGAGCCGGCCUCGCCGCCCUCAAAGCCAUCAAGCGGUGGCCCCCAACGGGCGCCCUUCACUGGAUCAUCGUCCAGUCGCAAGCGCCCGGUUUGCACGACCCCCGGGCGCGCCUCCAGUCCAUCCUCGACCUUCUGAAGCCGGGGAACGUCACCGGGAACGAGAUGGUUCGGACGAUCUGGCAGCUGUCCGAAGACGGCCAGCCGGCCGCCGCACGAUCACUCGCGGAGCUUUUUGUCACGCGGGGCUGGCCGCGCGACGUGGACGUUCUCUGUGGCCCCACGUACGUGCGGGGGAUGAACGUAGUGUUGGACGCGUGGCUCGCGGGGGAGGACGACGCUGGGGUGUUAACCCGGGUUAGCGCCGUAACCACCUCCGUGGCGGCGGUGCGGUGCUGGUUGGAAGUCGCGAAACGGAUGGAGGCGACGGGACGGCACUCGUGCAUGUUCCGGCUGUGCACGGAGAACGCGCUCGCAACGGGGCUGCGCGACUCCGGCUUUGCAGUUGUUUACUGGGAUGGCAUCGACUGGAUCAUGACCAAGGCCGUCGGGUUCCUCAACACCGACGUCGCCGUCAAGCUGGUCACGUGGCUGGAGGACCAGAUCGCGGCCGACGACGAGUGCGGCGCGGACCUCAUCCGCAACGCGCACCGCCUCGCGCGUGCCGCGGCCACGGGGCUCGGGAACGUGAAGCUCUGGCGCCAGCUGGCGGUGCGCGUGCUCGAGCUGGCGCACGACCAGCUGGAGCUGUCGUCGCACUGGUGGCGCGAGGCGGUGGCGGUGUGGCGGCUGCUGGGGCCCUGUUCCGCGAAGAAGCUCGCGGGCGUGGUGGAGAAGAAGGGGCCCGAGUUCCGGGACGAGGCCCUGGCCCUCGCGCGCAUGCUCGCGGACCAGGGCGGGUUCCCGAGCGUGGUGUCGGCGGCGUGGCGACGCGCGCUGCGGCUGCUGUUCAAGGAGGCCAAGCAACACGCCGGUUCGACGGCAGUCUGGCAUCUGGACGCCGCUUUGGAGGCGCUCGAGGAGUGCAUCGAGAUCCGGCUCUGCGUGACGGCACACGUCACGCAGCGGGGCCGGGAGAGGUGCAACGACUGCCGGCUGCAGAGAGCGGACGUGGCGGCGGGCCUCAAGCUGGCCGAAAAGGCAUGUAAAGCUUGGAAGCUGAGCAGCAAAUACUCGGAAAUCAAGACGCGAGCUGAGGAGCGGGGCUGGUGAAAUCCUAGCCGAUACGUCUGGUUUGAAGUUGUUGUCGGGUAGCCCUGACUGGCUACUUCCAAGAGGUUCGCAGAAGUGGGUCUCCCGCAAUCACAGAGAGUCGCUAACAAACACUCCUGGGAAGGGCUCGUUCAAUGGUCAUGUCCCUGCGGAGUUGUAUGAAGACAGGCGCACGCAUUGUGCUCUAAUGUACUUUAUUAUACUUUGUAUUAUGCAUACCGGCGUUUAGGAGAGGAGUUCCGAGAAAGAAACAAGACUUGGUAAGGGGUGCCGACAAGGCGCCGACAUGUUCUGUUGCAGCUGUCACGCGUCAGUUUAGGCACGACAAAG